AUGCUCUCUUUCGCCAAGCGAGUCUAUGUCGAGGUCACGGCAUCCACCACCACGGCCGAACAGAAUGAAAUGAACCGGGACUCUUUCCGUAAGGCUGGAAAAUAUGGAUAUGGUUUCAUCUAUUUCGCGGUUGUUCUACUGGUAACUACUACUCUCAUUCGACUGUACCAUGGCUAUAGCGACAAGAUAAGAAUCAUCCUAUACAAAGAAAGCGGUCCUCAGACUUUCUAUGGCUCCUCAACACCGGACGAAUACGAACUCCCCAGUGCAGGCACUGAUGCUUCAAGCAUGCAAUUCUUCCCACCAACAACGCGCUAUGUGCCCCCCGAGACGCGAAUCCCUCCUUCAAAGAUUUAUUCGCUUGAACAAGUUGCCUUCCUUUUCGUCGCUCUAUACUGUUUUGUUCCUCAGCCGUUCUACUAUUGGUACAUUUCCCUGGGAUCACCACCACUCGCAAUUCGGGCAGGCAUGUUGGCUGUUGCCAUGGUCCCAUGGAUUGUUGCACUCGCCACCAAAGCCAAUAUCAUAAGCAUGAUGACGGGCUUAGGCCAUGAGCGACUGAAUGGACUGCAUCGCUGGCUGUCUUAUAUUUGUCUCUUUUGCUGCCUUGUCCAUAUGGUGCCGUUCUACAUCACUCCGGUUUGGACGGGGAAUGCCUUGGUCAAUUACCGGAACUGGAUACCUGCAGGUAUCUACGCUUAUGGAAACGGCUGGGCAGCACUGGCACCAAUGCUUGUUCUCUGUGUCCACUCUCUGCCUUUCAUACGGCACCGAAUGUACGAGCUCUUCAUAUUUGUUCACAUCCCAGUUUCAUGGAUCUUCGUCGCGAUGAUGUUCUGGCAUACUAAGAACUAUCUGAAAUCUUGGGGUUAUCUUUGGACAACAGUAGCAAUCUGGGUUGUGACAUAUCUUGUCCGGUUGUUCUACCUGAAUUGGUCUAAUCCGUUCCGAUCAUCAUCAUUCAUGAUCGGAGAAGAAUCUGCCAUCACUCUGCUUCCACAGAACGCCGUCAAAGUUACGAUCCCCACAAAAAUGCGCUGGAGGGCCGGCCAGUAUGUCUACCUGCGCAUGCCAAGUAUUGGAUUUAUCCAGAGUCAUCCUUUCACAAUCGCUUCGCUCUGCAGUGAAGACUUUCCCUCUGCAUAUGGUGAGGAGUAUCGUGACAUGACACUGGUAUUUAGACCAUUCCAAGGCUUCACCCGCCAAGUGGUGCAGAAAGCGUUAGAGUUCGGCCCAUUCAAAACAUAUACCGCAUUCCUGGAAGGACCUUACGGCGGUAUGCAGCGAGACAUGGCCGCAUUUGAUGAUGUAGUCUUUUUCGCCGGUGGAAGUGGUAUCACCGCGAUUGCAAGUCAGCUGCUGGAUCUCAUUAAGCGGAUCCGGGAUGGAAAAGCCGUCACAAGAUCAAUCAAGGUCAUAUGGGCAUUAAGGUCUGCCGAGAUGAUGGGAUGGUUCUCCGAAGAACUUCGGAUCUGCCGUGAUAGCGCCCCAGCGGGUCUUGUCCAUUGUCAUUUCUUUCUCACGGAGAUGCAGCUAGCCGAUCAAGCUGGUCGUGAUCUGGUUCAAGAGAAGAUUUAUGGCAUGCUUCAGGGCAUCGACAAGCGAAACUCCGCCUAUAUUCGGCAAGAAGCUGAUGGCGACAUGGAGCGUGAGAAGGAGCUACGCCGUGAAAACGAAGACGGCCUGGCAGCUCUCCCCGGCGCAUACACUGCAGCUCAUGUUCCAAACACCCGACACUAUUUCCAGCCAAGUCUGCAUAUAUCCACGGGCUCAUCUUCGGGCACCAGUAGUCCCGGAUUUGAUUUUGGAUUUGGAAAUACAACACCCGUGUCUCUGAAACAGCCCGCGCCGCGGUAUGCGUCUUUCCAGCCCUCUCUGCGCAGAGAUAACUGGAAGACAGACUACUUCCGCCCCGACGUUGCUAAAAUGUUGAAUGAGUUCUCUCAGAGCUUUGGUCGUCGGGCUUGUAUCUUUGUUUGUGGUCCACCAGGUCUGCGUGUUGAUGUAUCGAAUGCCGUGGCCAAGUUGCAGCUGCAGGUGUUGACUGAUAGCUCCAAAGAUGAGAUCUUCCUGCAUGCAGAGAACUAUAAUCACUAG